CCGCGAGGCUGAGCUCACCGCCCAGCAUUCCAGGCUGAUAACUCCAGCCCCGGAGCUGCCGUGGCAACGGCGCAGGGUCCUGUGCUGUCCCCCCGCCGCUCAGACCCCAGCCUGCCUCAGGACGCUGUGCGUGCCUGUCUCUAAGUCUGUCUUCCCCCAGCAGUCGAAGAACUGUGCCUCCCCCAUCAAACUGCAGGCCUCUUGCAGAGGGUUUUCUCUCUCAGCCCUUGGUGCCAGGGAUCAGGGCAGAGCCCCAAGGCCCUGGAUCUGGGGAGGUCAGGAGAUGCAAGGUCAGGGGUGCAUGGGGGACCCCCACCCACGGGAUCCCUGUGUGAGGCAAGGGCUUUCCCAGCCAGGACAGAUAACGCUCACGGCCAUCUCUUGGGAGGCCUGAGACGGCCCUGGAGGCGGGUAUAGAAAGUGCAGCUGUUCCCAUCCCAGCCCCCAAGGAACCCAGAUGUCAGGCUUGUCUCCCUGCCUCUCACCACCCCAACUCUGGAACAUUUCAAGACCCAGAGGAGAAAGCUGAGGCAGGGUGGGUUGGGUCUGGACUCAGGGGAGGAGAGCAGAUGAUUCAGGAAUGGUCCUUAGUGAUAUAGAAGGUUCUGUUCCCAGGAGGUGUCUGCCUGACCUCCAGCUCAGAGGAGAGGCCGGGGAGGCAGCAGGGUAAAGGAGGCUUGGCCAGACGGUCAUUCUAGCUCUGAGUUCUGAGGCACCUGCUGGGCCAGGCUCCUGGCUGGGAGCUUUCCAGCAUGGCCUCAUUCGAUCACUGCAAGGAGAGGUUGUUCCCAUUUUACAGAUGGAGAAACAGGGCCUCAGAGAGCUUGGGGCUUGCACCUGGAAAGUGGUGGGGCCGGGAUCUGAAACUGGAGGUGGAUUCUUCGCAGUCUGAGCCCCACGGAAGCCCUCACGGGACAGAAGAGGAAACCGAGGCUCCGAGCGGUGAAGGACCAGUUAGCAGUGACAGAGCUGUCCUGGCAUCAAGCCUGCCCUCCGCCCCCACGGCCUGACGCAGAAGCAGGAGACGCCGGGGGCUGCAGUGCGGGGCCUGGCUCUGGGGGGACUCGCCGCGGGCACAGUGUCCACCCGCCGCCCUCUCCCCAGGUUCCCGAUGCUCGCAGGGCUGGGGAUGAGGUGUGGCUGUGCGCUGCUGGCUGGCCAGCGGAGGCUGCCUGAAACUGGAGAUGCGGGUUUGGGGUGUCAACAAGGCGGCCAGUGACGCUGUCACUACACACAGGUUGGAGCAGCCGAUCAACGGUGGGCCCCGGUCCAUGCAAAGCAGUGAGCCCCCACCCCACCCCUCACAGCACACACGCGCGCCUAGCUUGGAUUGACUUGGCCUGACGUCUAGGGGCAGAGGGCGGCUCAGGGUCUCAGGAGUUUAAAUCACUGAAAGACCAUCGUGAUUUUCAGAAAGGGGGUGCUGUCUGGAAGAGGGCAGGAGUGUCCCAGAUCUCAGCCCAAGUCUUCACAAAGCAGCAUCGGGCAGAGACCCCCUGCUCUCUGCCUAAACCCUCGUCCCGAAUGACUAAGCCACAGGAGCUGCAGGGCUCUGGGCAGAGGAGCCGCCGCGUGGAGCCUGGGCUUGGCGUCGGCUUUGUGAUCGCAGAUGAGCGAGGGCGCCUCUCCGAUGCUCCGUUCAUUAUUGCUGCAUCUUCGCCGUGUGCGGACGCUGUGCUCGACCCUCCUCCACUUGGUGAGUGCUCAGGGAAACCCAGGCAGCUGAGAGGUGUCAGCCCAUUUCAAAGAAAUGGGGCCUCGGAGAGGCAAGGGCGCUUGCCCAGGCUCACAGAGGCCGAGGGACAAAGCCCAGAGUUCCACCUGGUUUGCCUGGCUCCCAACCCUGGACACCUCUCCAAGAUCCUGCCUUGAUGACCUGCUUCACUCAGCGCUGGGGGCAGGGGGCCGACAGGCUGGAGCAGAAACAGGGAGUUGGGGCGGGGGGAGGAGCCUGGACUAGAUCCUCACGUCCAGACCCCCCAGUCUGCGAAACUGCCUCUCCCACCAUAGCACCCAGGGGCAGUGGUUGUGCUUGAGGCUUCUGGGUAAAGGCCACAGACUUUAUCCUGCCCCAACAGAGCGUGGAGCGGGUGCAUCAAGCUCCUCCUCCCAGCAGCCCUGUCGGUCAGGGACAGCAUCACCGUUUGGGUGGGCCUUUCCACUCUCUCUUCUCUGAUCCUCCAAAUCCCUCCCUGCCCAGCUCUGCGAGUCUGCAGCUCUGGCCUCAGCCCCUGCAGAUGACCCCUAGCUGUCCUGUUGCGCCACGACCAUCCCCCUCCCAGGCCCUCUGACCAGCCUGCAGCUCAGGUGGAUGCCCCCUGCCUCUGCAUGGCUCUGGCAGGUUGGGGAGCUCCCACCCUGGCCCCUCCCGGCGGCUCUGGCCUGUACUGCUCGGCUGGCCGGGGCAGUUCCAGUCGGUUUGUCAAGGACAUUCUUAAUGGCCAGGGUGAACCCCGGCGGGGAGGGGCAGGGAGGAGGGGGACCAGGGUGUUGACUGGUGGAAUGCACACCUGUCCAGGUGCACCUGAGUUGCAAGCAAAGGCGUCUCUGUCAGAGGCGCGCUGGCUGGGGCCACAGCAGAGCGGACUGAGCGAGGGGCCGAUGGAGGAGCUGGUGGGGCUUCGUGAGGGCUCCUCGGGGAACCCUGUGACUCUCCAGGAGCUCUGGGGCCCAUGUCCCCGCGUCCGCCGAGGCAUCCGAGGUGGCCUGGACUGGCUGAAGCAGAAGCUGUUCCGCGUGGGUGAGGACUGGUACUUCCUGACGGUCCUCGGGGUGCUCAUGGCCUUGAUCAGCUUCACCAUGAGCUUCGCCGUUGGGCGUGUGGUCCGAGCACACAAGUGGCUGUACCGGGAGGUCGGGGACGGCCACCUCCUCCGGUAUCUCUCCUGGACCGUGUACCCCGUGGCCCUGGUCUCCUUCUCUUCAGGCUUCUCUCAGAGCAUCACGCCCUUCUCGGGAGGUUCUGGAAUUCCGGAGCUGAAGACCAUCCUGUCAGGCGUGGUCUUGGAGGACUACCUGGACAUCAAGAACUUUGGGGCCAAGGUGGUGGGCCUCACCUGUACCCUGGCCAGCGGCAGCACCAUCUUCCUGGGCAAAGUGGGCCCCUUCGUGCACCUGUCUGUGAUGAUCGCUGCCUACCUGGGCCGGGUGCGCGCCAAGGCCACUGGCGAGUCCGAGAACAAGAGCAAGCCUCAGGAAAUGCUGGUGGCCGCGGCGGCGGUGGGCGUGGCCACGGUGUUCGCAGCGCCCUUCAGCGGCGUCCUGUUCUGCAUCGAGGUCGUGUCCUCUCACUUCUCCGUCUGGGAUUACUGGAGGGGCUUCUUCGCGGCCACCUGCGGGGCCUUCAUGUUCCGCCUGCUGGCGGUCUUCAACAGCGAGCAGGAGACCAUCACCUCCCUCUACAAGACCAGUUUCCGGGUGGAUGUCCCCUUCGACCUGCCAGAAAUCUUCUUUUUCGUGGCGCUGGGGGCCAUCUGCGGCGUGGCGAGCUGCGCUUACCUCUUCUGCCAGCGAAAGUUUCUCGGCUUUGUCAAAACAAAUCCAGUCCUCUCCAAACUAAUGGCCACCAGCAAGCCUCUGUACUCAGCGCUGGCAGCUUUGGUCCUCGCCUCCAUCACCUACCCCCCUGGCGUGGGCCGCUUCAUGGCGUCUCGGCUGUCCAUGAAGGAGUAUCUGGACUCCCUGCUCGAUGAUAACUCCUGGGCGCUGCUGACCCGGAACGCGUCCCCGCCCUGGCCCGUGGAGCCCGACCCCAAGAACCUGUGGUUCGAAUGGUACCACCCACAGUUCACCAUCUUCGGGACCCUUGCUUUCUUCCUCGUUAUGAAGUUCUGGAUGCUGAUUCUGGCCACCACUAUCCCCAUGCCCGCCGGGUACUUCAUGCCCAUAUUUAUCUUCGGAGCUGCCAUUGGGCGCCUCUUAGGAGAGGCCCUUUCUGUGGCCUUCCCCGAGGGCAUCGUGGCCGGAGGAGUCACCAACCCCAUCAUGCCUGGGGGGUACGCACUGGCAGGGGCUGCUGCGUUCUCAGGGGCCGUGACCCACAGCAUCUCCACCGCGCUGCUGGCCUUCGAGAUGACUGGUCAGAUCGUGCACGCGCUGCCCGUGCUGAUGGCAGUGCUGGCUGCCAACGCCAUCGCCCAGAGCUGCCAGCCCUCCUUCUACGACGGCACCAUCAUCGUCAAGAAGCUGCCAUACCUUCCAUGGAUCCGGGGCCGGAAAAUCAGCUCUCACCGGGUGACGGUGCAGCACUUCAUGAGCCGAGCCAUCACUACGCUGGCCAAGGACACAGCGCAGGAGGAGGUGGUCAGGGUCGUGGCCUCCACAGAUGCGGCUGAGUAUCCCCUGGUGGCGAGCACAGAGUCCCAGAUCCUGGUGGGCACCGUGCGAAGAGCACAGCUGGUGCAGGCCCUCCAAGCUGAGCCGCCCUCCCUGGCUCCAGGACAGCAGCGGUGCCUCCAGGACAUCUUGGCUGAGGGGUGCCCUGUAGAGCCAGUGACCCUGAAGCUGUCUCCGGAGACCUCCUUGCACCAGGCACACAACCUCUUCGAGCUGUUGAAUCUUCAGUCCCUCUUUGUGACGUCUCAGGGCAGAGCUGUGGGCUUCGUGUCUUGGGUGGAGUUGAAGAAAGCAAUUUCCAACCUGACAAACCCUCCGGCCCCAAAGUGAGCCAGCCUGGCAGAAUGAAACAGAGCCACUCGGCUACCCCCGCGAAGGAAGCAGGGCAGAGACACUGCCUGUGUCCUCUGCGACAACACACCCCUCCCCUCCAGCCCAGCUCAACUCCUCGGCAAGGCAGGCAGCUGGCCUAGCACUGGCGAGGACCCCACGGUCGCCAUGUCCCAUCCUCGUGGGACAAGUGCCACAUGUUCUGAAGGACAAACCCCACCCUGGGCGCCCAGGACGUGAGACAGAAGACAGCUGCCGUGCGGUGGGUACUGCAAGGAAGCAUCCGACUCACAGAUGAGGAGCCUGGUGUCCUCUGUCAGCAAGGGCAGGCACAGGUGCCCUCUGGGGGCUGUGUGACUCCCAACCAGAGGCUUUCAACGCAAAUAAAGCCGGUUCCCAGAGCUGCGCUCCGCGCUCA